CUUAGAUGUAAACGAAUACGUGACUUUAGUUAAAAAUUUAUGUCUAUUAUAUUGAUAUUUCAGACUGCCCGGCUUAGUCAUUAUUCUCACAGCAGUUUAAAAUGAGUUCCCCGCUUUCAAGUCUAAAGAAACCGCAUAAAAAUCCGCUUCUUUUAGGUUCCAGGAGUAUGCCCUUUAGGAGCCCUGCCUACUCUGAGGAUGAGAGUCGUUUACUUGAUGAAAUCACCACCAACAUGGCGGCCAGUCGGCUGAAGGGGAGCCACACCAGAGCUGACCCCUUCCACGGGGGGCUGCCCAAACUGGACACCUCCCGACCGCACGUCACCCACAGUACACCUGUCCCCAGGAUCAACAACCCCCCACUGGAGAGAUUGAAAUCCUCGUCGUCAUUUAUUGAUGACACGCCCCCUGAUAAUGCUACGUUUUUGACAGCGCCCCCUAGUGACCAGGAAUUGAUGUCCUCCAUGAUGGCACGGAUCAGUAUACUGGAGCAGAAGGUUCAGACUCAGAGUAAAGAACUCACGGAAAAGGACAAGAAAAUAAAGAUAUUGGAGGACAAAGUAAACAUAAUGAAGAAAGCUCAGGGAGACAUGUCCCCUCGUGAGUCUCGAGAACUGGAGAAGAAAUGUCUGCUGCUUCAGCAACAAGUUCAUGAAAUGGAGGCGUUUCUGGCUGACUACGGUAUGGUGUGGGUGUGGGAGAAGAUUGACACAAGCUCUGUCUACUACAAUGACAAGUCGUCAGCUGACAGCGAGAGUGAUGGGGAGGAGGAGCUCUGGAGGCCAGAAUCCUCUCUGUCCCACACUGUCCCUGCCCCAGUGACCACUACUGCUACUAGAUCUGACACCGUCCAAUCAGAAUUCAAGGUGGACUAUGACAAAAUCAUAGAAAACAUCAAAGACCUGAAUGUACUGGCAGGCGAGGGGGUGUCCAAGAUCCAGCACACCAGUGAUGGGGCUAGACUGAGGCUUCCUGACCCUGUUCCCCUGGUUCUGUAUGCUAAUGGAAUCAUGCUGUUCAGUGGACCGUUUCGACCUUUCACUGACCCCGUCACACAACAGUGCAUUCAGGACAUCCAUGAUGGAUACUUCCCUUCAGAGUUACAGAACAAGUUUCCAGAUGGAGUCCCUUUUGUUAUCACAGAUUACAGAGAAGUGUACUUCAAGGAUACCAGACGAGAGGUGUUUCAUGGCACCGGUCAGGUUCUGGGAGGGGAGACCAGGCCAUCUAGACUGGUCCCCGAAUCCAAAACAUCAGAGAAAAGCCACCACGCAGCUCCUAAUAACACACCAGAAAACACUCAUCUCAAAAUAGCUACAGAGCUACCAGGGAAGAAAAUGACCGUGGGCCAGUUCCUGCAGAAAUUACCCAAGUCUGUGAUAAAAGAUGGGAAAGUCAUUGAUAUACGGAAUGCUGUAGGGGAAAACUUUAAGGAUGCCAGAAGUAGUCAAGGAGUCACAGUGGUUGAGACAGAUACAGUCAAGGACAUCAAAAAGAGACUUGACGAAGAUGAAGGCAGUCGACCAAUGACGCCACGAAACAUCACGACGCUACGCGUCAAGUCAGACACGGGGAAUCACACGUAUAUACUGAAAAUGAAAUUCCAUGAGACGAUAGGAGAUGUACGAAAAUAUAUAGAUCUACAAAGGCCAUCCAAUUCCGCCUCAUACAACAUCGUCUCAGCGUACCCCAGUAAGACCUUCGACGACGAGAAAAUCACGCUACAGGAAGCUGGACUCACACCCAACGCUGUGUUACAUUUACGAGUGAAAAAAUGAUCUUACCUUUUCAAAAUAUCCUAGCCAUGGGUUGUGUGAAUGGAGGUCAUACUGAAUUCUUCAUAUUUUAUAUGAAAGCAUUUACUUUCAAUUACGUUACAUGUAUGGAUGAUAAUCAUGCUGACUGUUCAAAAAAAAAUUUAUGAACAGCAAGCUUAUGAAUUUUACUGGCUGUAGUAAUUUUUAAAACAGCAAAGUAGAUUGCAUACAACUUUUUUUGUGCAAUGAGAAUUAAUGUUUUUUCAUCGUAUUUUCAGAUAACUUAAACAUCAGAUGUAGCUUGUGAUUUCCCUGUGAUAAACAUUUUUUAAAGAUUUUUUUUUUAUUUAAUGCAAACCGACAUAAAACUGUGAUGAUGUACUGCUGACAGCUAAUCUAUACAGUAUUUUUCUUAAUGAAUCAUUAAUAUUACUGUCAUUAUAAAUGUUGUAGAAGUUUGUUUCCCCGUUCGUUGUCCUAUUAUGAUCAAAAGUAAGUGAGAUGUAUGUGUUGUGAGGUAUAAGAUGUGUUAUGUAUACAUGUAAAGAGGUGAAUGUUGUACAAGUAUGAGAGGCAGAUGUAAGGGUAUGUUUUCUAGUCAUUUCCAUCCAAAAUUAUUGAAAAAAGACUGAAUCAUUAUUAUAAACCAAGUUCUCAUUUGAACUAAUUUACGUCUUGCAUUUUUUGUGUAUAUUUGUCUUUAUUUUUUUUUCUAUUUCAUUUAUUAACAACUUUGCAUAUAACAAAAAAGUGAGAUUUUGUGACCUGAUGGACCAUUUAAUGAGUCAUUCCAAAAUAAAUGCUUUUGUAGUCCA